AACGUAGCUUAUUUUUACGUACUUUACUUAGUACAUUGUAAAGUGUCCAUCGAGGAGAAUGAGUAACAGACUGAAGAACAAAAGAAAGAGCAAGGAAAGCCAAAGUCAAGAAAUGUCUACCAAUUUAAAAUACCUUUCCUUGGGCAUCCUGGUUUUUCAGACCACAAGUUUAGUCUUGACCAUGCGUUACUCUCGGACACUGAAAGAAGAAGGACCUCGUUAUUUAUCCUCCACUGCAGUAGUUAUUGCUGAACUUCUGAAGAUUUUGACCUGUAUUUUAUUGGUCUACAAAGAUAGUAAGUGCAAUUUACGGACUCUGAACAGAGUGCUGCGUGAUGAAAUUCUUAAUAAGCCCAUGGAAACUCUCAAACUUGCUAUUCCAUCAGGGAUUUACACUCUUCAGAAUAACUUGCUCUAUAUAGCAUUGUCAAACCUAGAUGCAGCCACAUAUCAGGUUACGUAUCAACUGAAAAUUCUUACCACAGCAUUGUUUUCUGUGUUCAUGUUAAGCAAAAAACUGGGUGUAUACCAAUGGCUUUCAUUAGUCAUCUUGAUGACAGGAGUGGCAUUUGUGCAGUGGCCUUCGGACUCUCAAGCAACAUCCGCUAAGGAACAUUCAGCUGGAUCUCAGUUUGUAGGCUUGAUGGCAGUUCUUAUAGCAUGCUUUUCUAGUGGAUUUGCUGGGGUUUAUUUUGAGAAAAUUUUAAAGGAAACUAAACAGUCUGUGUGGAUCAGAAACAUUCAGCUUGGAUUUUUUGGUAGCAUAUUUGGAUUGAUGGGUGUAUAUAUUUAUGAUGGAGAACAACUGUCAAAGCAUGGAUUUUUUCAAGGAUAUAAUAAACUCACUUGGAUAGUUGUUGUUCUGCAGGCACUUGGAGGCCUUGUGAUUGCUGCUGUUAUAAAAUAUGCAGACAACAUUUUAAAGGGGUUUGCAACAUCUCUCUCUAUUAUACUGUCAACACUGAUUUCCUAUUUUUGGCUGCAAGAUUUUGUCCCUACAAGUGUCUUUUUCUUCGGAGCCAUUCUUGUAAUAGCAGCUACUUUCCUAUAUGGUUAUGAUCCAAAACCUGCAGGAAAUCCCAUUAAGGCAUAGCAGACUUCCUUACCAAGAAGACCAUGUAUUGGGUGUCUUGCUGACAACGGCAUAUGAGAGAUGGCAUUGUGCACUGGAAGGAGAGGAUUACUGCCCUCAAUCUAAUGAAGAAGUGAUUAUGAGUAGUUCUGAACAAUCAGAGGAGUUAGGAUGGAUGAUGAUACUGUAUGUAACUGAUGAAAAAAUGGUAGGGGAAAGCCCAGUGCAAGUCGCUAAUAAAAACUUGAAGGGAACAAAAAGUUUCCAGCAAACUGCAAUUAGGGAUGUUUACAGCUUUGACUGGAAUUGCAUCAAAAGAAUUUACUGUUUUGACUGCUGCAGAGAAGUUCUAUGCACUCUUUGAAAGAGCACAUGACAACAUUGUCAGAUUGUAUGUUUUUGCAGUUUGACUAUAUUUAAUCAUAGUAAAUAUGUUUUAAACUGUCUAUUUACAUGAAAUCAAUUGAACACACAUCAUAGUUCUAAAGUGAUGAUUCUAAUUAGAUAUUCCUUAUUAAAACUGAAAAUUGGAGGUAUCAUUGAAAGACCUUUUCACAAUAUCACAUAUCUUUAUAUUUUUAGAAGGCCGAUUAAUAACAGAAAUCUGUGUUCUGUUGCAUAUGUAAAACUAUUAUGAGAAUGAUAACGUCCUCAGCUGAGUGCACAAGGGGGGAAGUUCAAUAUAAGAGCUAGAAGACUGUGACGAAACUCCAGCCUUCUUCCGGAUGGCUGUUAGUGUUCCCAAGGAGCCAGGAACCCUGGAAACACAGGCCCAGGGUUCCUGCAGUAACUGCGCACGGUCGUUAGGGUUGGGAUGGAGUGCUUGCCCAGAUAUAAUGUUCAUUCCGUAAUUUUUUUUUUAAAUUAUAAAUCAGCUUGUUGCUAGAACCUUUAA